GUCAAGGUACUCCCAUAAAAGUGAUACACAUGUUUAAAUUGACAUAUCGUUGUAUGUUGCAAGUUCCCUCACUCUCGUCGAAAAUAAUUAAAAGAACAUUAUUGCUCUUGAUUAGCUGAUGAAAGGUUUACCAACAGCACUUGUAUGAGAUGCUUUUGUUCAGUUUUGAUAUUAUUUGGUUAUUUUUGCGAGGUUUUAAUAUUUGUGUAUGUUCGGUAAUCGACAAUGUUGUGAAAUUUAGCAAGUUUUUUAUUCAUUAAUGUUUUUUUUAAAAGAUGAGAAAAUAGCAUUGCGAAUUUCAAACUUCAUAUGUAACACAUCAUCUGCUACCCAGGUACUUUAUGUAUUCUGUUAAGACUACAUUAGUACUGUGGGAAUACUGACUGACAAAAUCUUGUGUUCAUGAAUAUAUUCAUCAAUAUUAAACAGGUAGGGAUAUCCUUUAAUCUAAUUAAUAUGCAAUUAAUUGGUUGCCAUUAUGCGGGCAUAUAUGUUAUACUAUCAUAUCUUUUUAACUCUCUUUCAGGAGGUCAUAGAACAGAGUUUAUGGUAUGAGAUCGAAAGGAUUGAUAAAGAAACGUCCAAAACAGAUGAUAUCAUCAUCCAGCUUGUGACCCUCGACUACGGAAUGAAGGAUAAGAAUCCUAUCGACAAUGUGAUGUUCUAUAGCAAAAAAACGCCGAAUGAAGCCGACCCCAUUAGUGAAGAUCAGAAGCCAAGUUUCAUCCCUGGUCACUUCAAGGAGCAACAGAUACGAAUCUACUCAAAGGAGAAGGAUGCAAAAUUCACUGAGAUGGUCCGAGAGGCGUCCAAUAGCUGGUUUAAGAAAUUCUUGGAGAUAUACUCUCCAGAUGAAAAGGUCAAGCCCACUAAUAAAUAGCAGCAAUGGCACCGAGGGGUAAGACGGUCAUCCAAAUGGGACUUUGACCACUAGCAAUGAAACAAAUGUCAAAUUUCUCACAGAAAGACAGUUACAGGAACAUAAUUGGACAGCAUUUUCAGAUACAUUGUUUGCAACAUAAUUCUCUUAAUUCUCUAAUGCUUUAUGGCUUUGUUCACAGAAAAUCAACCAGUUCAAUAUUGGGGUUACAUAAACACAGAUAAAAUGAAAGUGUUUGAACCCAUAAUGGUUCUUUAGGAAGUACUGCCAUUUCUAACUUUUGAUCAUUUCUUAUUGAUAACACCUUAUAAUAUAUGGAUACAUAGACAAUCUAUAUUUAAAUGGAAUUAUUAAAACCCUAUUGAUGUAAUAAUUGUUUCAUUUUUGUAUUUGGCAUGAAAAUAUAUCCGUUUAUAAAAUUGCAAAAAAAAUGUUUUUUUUAUUCAAUUUUGUUAUAUUUAUACAACACUUUUACUAUUUUAAACAGUUCAUUGUCAGUCUGCAAUGGGUGUGCAUGUUUUUAU